GUCAGCAGUGGAGGUGAUCGGACGCGGCUAGGGGCGUCUCCCUCCCUCGCUGGUCGUCGACCGCCAGUAUUAGACUAGUGUCAUUCGAGCUUUGUGUUAGUCUGUCCUGAGACUUCUGAGUAAUAAUAAUUAUGUCAACGACAGGGAACAUUUUGCAAAUGCCAGUGAGACUUUAAUACUUUUUCUUAAAAUUCCUAGAUAGUCUUAUGUGACGCUGAAUAUCUUGAAGAAAACUUGAGUUCGUCGUGUGAUGUCUCCAGCGUGCCUAUCUUAACCCCCCUAUUGUGCCAAGUGUCACGCAGACACACACUACAAGAUAGUGUAACCUAAAUCACCCAGUCUCUCUCUAUCACCACACCUGAGGUAAAGUGGCAGGUGCCACAUAACCGGGAGUGCCCCGUGAACAGGUCCCUUCUUGGCACCUAACAAGAAGCCGGAUUUAGGGUGUCACUUAAAACAGACUCCUCUUGGCACCUCACAAGAGCAAAGAUCCCAAGUGCCACAUCUCCAGGGAGUUUCACCUGUUAGCCUUGGCACGUGACAACACCCGCUCCUCCCUGUGUGUGUGUCGACCAUGAUGGUGCCUCGCCUGGUGACCCUGGCGCUGGUGCUGGCCUCCGCCUCCACACACACCUUCACCACACACAGGACUGAUUAUGGAGGCGGUGAAGACGAGGCUGACGAAGAGGGUGAUGACAGAAGCCGAAGCCGCAGAUACACAGCUACAAACAGCGAACUGGAAAAACUCGAUCAACUGUUUCGUUUUGGUGACCGCGAACAAUACGACCGUCGCCAAACUCCCUCCUAUUUCGCGGCUCAAGAGGGAGGCGGUGUAGGUACAGCCUCAGGGAGAACACCAGAAGCAAUCCAGAUGGACUACACGGUGGACCUGUACCUUCGACAGCGUUGGCUGGAGCUGAGGUUCAUGAACAACUCCCUGACGCGGCCCAUAGACCUAAACGACCCUCGCUGGUGAAGAUGCUAUGGAAGCCGGAGGUCUACUUCCCUAACGCUAAGGAAUCCGACUUCCAGUAUGUGACCGUCCCUAACGUUAUGCUCCGGAUACACCCCGACGGCACCAUCCUCUACAUCCUCAGACUGAAGCUGACGUUCUCUGCAUGAUGGAUCUUCAG